AUGAGAAUAAGUAUUUUGAAAUAUGUUCUUUCAAUUGUUAUUUGUUCUUUUGAAUAUGCCAAAAAUGAACUAUACUUUGUAAAUGAAAGAACCAUCUGUUUUGAAAGGAAUAUAACAAAUUUUAGGAAUAAUAGGAUAUUAGCAGAUACAGAUAACCGAUUCGAUUUAAAUGAUUUUUAUCAAUCAACUUUGAGUCUUGCAAAUCAAUUUAGUGAUUGUAAUGAUGGUAACAAAGAAAUAACACACCUUCGAAAUAUUAUAGAUUCACAUAUAAAGAAUAACAAAGAAAGUAACACAUUACUUGAUUUAAAAAAUGUAGAUAAAAAAACGAAAAAGAUAAUUCAUGGACUUCACAAAAAAAUAGAAGAAACAAAAAAAGAGCUUGAUAGUAUAAAGAAUAAUAAAUUAGAAAUAGAACCAAUAGAAAAUAAUUCUGUAUCAGGAGAAGAAGACUUUAAACAAUUGGAAAAUGAAGAAACUAUCGUGGCGAAUGAGCAUUAUGAGAUUGAUUCAAGUAUCGAAUAUGAAUUAAAAACUAAACGAAAGUUAAAAAAAUUGACCAAAGGAUUACUUGUGAGGGUGUUGUUGUUGAUGGCGCUUGUUUUGGCGUUAUUGAUACCCGGAUGGACUCAAAUUGUAUUUAUUACUAUGAAUGUAUUGGUUUCAAUUGAAACGCUUAUUAGAUGUUAUCAAUACGUUAAAUUGUGUUUUAAAUUACAUAAAAUAUCCAAAAAAAAAAAAAAAUCAAGAUAG